GCUUACAGCUAUCACGUGACACAACAAUCACAUGACGGACAGAAGUUGAAAACAGGAAGACAUCGAACUCGUAUUUUAAUCUAAUCAGUAUGUGAAAUGGCCGCGGCGGUGGAGAGAACAGAUGAUCUGGUGCGAGAGUAUCUGAUCUAUCGAGGUUUCAACAGCACACUCAAACAUCUGGACUCAGAGAUCAAAUCAGACAAGGAGAAAGGCUUCAGAGUUGAUAAAAUCAUCGAUCAGCUCCAGCAUCUGAUUCAGAACUAUGAUCUGGCGGGUCUGAAGGAGUACUGGGGGUAUCUGGACCGCAGGCUCUUCUCCAGGCUGGAGGACAUCUACAGACCCACCGUCAGCAAGCUGAGGACCAGCCUCUUCCGCUUCUACGUCAUACACAGCGUUCAGUCGAGGAAUCCAGAGAAGACGCAGGAGUUUUUCCAGAAGCAGGCGCUGGAGCUGCAGGCUCAGCCGGAGUGGCGGGAAUGGUUCGCUCUGCCGUUCCUUUCCACCCCGGAACAGAAUCCCGUCUUCUCUCCGUACUUCUCCCGCCAGUGGGCCGACACUUUCCUGGUGUCUCUGCACAACUUCCUCAGCGUUCUCUUCCAGUGCAUGCCUCUGCCUGCGCUCUUGAGCUUUGACAGUGAAGUGCAGAAACUCACGGGUCUUCAGGAGGAGAACGAGCAGUACAGACAGAUGUUAUUUGCUCUUCAAGGAGAAUCACGGCCAAAGAAAGACGAGAUGAUGGUGCAUCACAAACUCCCGCCGUACGUCCAGCACAUGGACCGACUCGGCGACACUGAGCUUGAUCUCGUGUACAGUCAGAGGAACGUGAACAUGACCACGCCGUCCAGAAACUUCUUCUCCACGUUCCUCCCUCAGGCCAGACGUGCUCCUGGGAAAACGGCCCCGGGGUCACAGUCUUCGCCUACGCAGGCCUCGCUGGGCCGGAAAGACUCUCCCUCCGGAGCGCAGUCUGUGAAAGCGAAAGAUGCGCCCGGCGCGAAGGACUUGAAGACGGCCACUGUUUCCGCGGUGACGGUGGAUUCGGUCACGGGUCAUCCCCGAACGAGAAGAGUGCAUGACCACGAGAAAGAGAGAAAAGAGCUGCUGUCCAAACCUUCAGUGCAGAGUUUGGAGAAGAAAAACGAUUCGGAUCCAGACACUCAAACCGAAGCUCUUCCUGAUCAAACGGACUCCACCAAUCAGACGCGAGUCUUUGAAGUGGGCGGAGCUGGAGUGGAGCAGCCCUUUAUUAAGCUGAGUCAGGAAGAGUAUGGAGAACAUCACUCAUCCAUCAUGCACUGCAGGGUGGACUGCUCAGGCAGAAAAGUGGCCAGUUUGGAUGUGGACGGGGUGGUGAAGGUUUGGGCCUUCAAUCCCAUCAUGCAAACCAAAGCCACUAUCAUGUCCAAGUCUCCACUUCUCUCUCUGGAGUGGGCGGCCAAACCUGACCGACUGGUAAAUAACAUCACGGUUCAUGGAUAUAACCAGAGAAAUAGAGUGCUUACAUUUUCUUGUUGCCAAAAACAGUAUUUGGUUGGUUUUAUUGGUUUAUGUGGUGUUUUACUCUUGCAGCUGUUGCUCGGCAGUGGCGUCGGCACGGUGAAGCUUUACGAUACCGACGCCAAGAAGAGUUUGUACGAGAUGUCAAUAGACACCGUCCACCCACGGAUCCUGUCGCUGGCCUGCAGUCCCAGCGGGACGUCGUUCGUUUGCUCCGCGGCGGCUCAAGCUGCGAAUUCUGCAGUCGUUACGGAGAGCGACACACGAGGAUCCGGUCCCGUAUCCGGACAUCUGCUGCUGUGGGACACCAAAACGGUCAAGCAGCAGCUGCAGUUUUCGCUGGAGCCGGGACCGGUCGCCAUAAACUGCACGGCGUUUAAUCACAACGGAAACCUCCUGGUGACCGGAGCGGCAGACGGGAUCAUACGACUCUUCGACAUGCAGCGCUAUGAGAGCGCGUUGAGCUGGAAGGCUCAUGAUGGUGAAGUGUACAGCGUGGAGUUCAGCUACGACGAGAACACGGUCUUCAGUAUCGGAGAGGACGGGAAGUUUGUUCAGUGGAAUAUCCAUCGCUGUGGCGUGAAGCAGUCGGAGUACUCGCUAUCCCAGGAUGCCGUGGGGCCGUUUGUGCUGUCGGGUUACAGCGGAUAUAAACAGGUUCAGGUUCCACACGGUCGCCUCUUCGCCUUCGACUCUGAGGGGCAACACGUUCUCACCUGCGCCAGUAAUGGAGGAAACAUCUACCGGUUAAGCAAGGCGGACGUGGGUCUCGAAAGCGUUUUGUCUCUCGGUGGUCAUAAAGCACCCGUCGUGACGGUGGAUUGGUGCUCAGCGAUGGACUGUGGCACGUGCCUCACCGCGUCUAUGGACGGCAAGAUCAAACUCAACACGCUUCUCGCUCAGAAACCCUGAACAACGGAUUGGAAAUGCCAGUGAGGAAGAUGAUGAUGAAAAGUUAAACUCACAUGAUGUCUUAUGAACCAGUCAGACAUGUGACCAGUAGAACAUAUCAUGAUAUCAACAAUACUAAGGAUUCAAAGAAGAUGGAUUUACAAUUGCACAGAAUGAAACGUAAAAAAAAAAAAAAAAAAAAAAACUAUAGAUCCAGAGAAUGAUGACGUGUGUUUCACAAAACAUUUGUUUCGGUGUGAGUUAGUGAUAUCUUUUGAGCAUAUGCGGAGAAAUGUUACGUUAGAAAGAACAAAUAUGAUUCAGUCAGGUCAGUUUAGAAAAGGCAUUAGCUUCUAAAAGAUGCUGUUUAUUUCUUACUGUUGGAACCUGAAGAUGCAACUUUACCAAGUAAUAAAGUAUUUGAAUAAUGUUCAUAUACAAUUGUUUUUGCAUCUGUUGUACAUUCAAAUAAAUAUCAUCAAUCAACAAAA